UAAACUCGGUAGGAGGCGCGUGCAGUCUGUCUCGAGUAGAGCGCGGAUGAAACGGAGCUAACCCGUGCACUCGAUUAUCUCUCCACACUUAAUUUUUUUUUAUUUCCUUACUCGUCUGAGUGAUUUAGCAUGGCAAUAAUACUAAACUGGAGCGAGAGCAAAAUGUUUCACACCAGAAGGAGGAGGAUCAAUAAAGAGGCAUAGGAAAAUGCGCAUCUAACCCAAAUCUCAGGAUGCAUUUCCGUGGUCUCCAGUCCCUUACUGCCUCCUGUUUAUCGAUCCUUGUCAUCACUGGUAUCAGCAAUGGUUUUGAAUGCAGCCCGGGUUGCGAUCCAAACAAUGGGUUCUGUGAAAAGGCUGGAGAAUGUAGAUGUAGACCAGGUUGGCAGGGUGCCACGUGCAACCAGUGCGUACCCUUCCCCGGCUGCCUCCACGGGUCGUGUGAUAAAGCCUGGCAGUGCAUCUGCGAGGAGGGCUGGGUGGGAAGUCAGUGUGACGUAGAUAUCCACCCCUGCUCAUCCAAGCCUUGCUCCAAUAAUUCAACAUGCACUGAGACCGGUGAGGGGCGUUACUUUUGCGUUUGCGCACGCGGUUAUACUGGGGACAAUUGCCACCUGAGGACAGGACCAUGUAUGGCCAACGGUUCCCCAUGCCAGAAUGAGGGCACCUGCACGGAUGACAACGGGCUGGCGGCCCACUCCUCCUGCCUCUGCCCCCCCGGGUUCGCCGGCGACUUCUGCGAGAUUGACGUGGACGACUGCGAGCCCAGCCCCUGCGCCAACGGCGGCAGCUGCGUUGACCACGGUGCCACCUACACCUGCCUGUGCCCGCCGGGGUUCACCGGCUCCACCUGCAACGUCACGCUGCCGCCCUGCGCCGGCAACCCCUGCGCCAACGGGGGCACCUGCCUGAGCCGGGGCGACGGCACGGUCCACUGCCUCUGCCCGCCGCGCUUUGCGGGGCCCGCUUGCACCCAGCACAGAGCCAAGCCCGCCCGGCUGGCGGGCAGGGAGGAUAACCACGGCCCACAGCACUACAGCCUGCCCUCCCACAUGUUUCACAAGUUGGUGCACCCCCCCGACCGCAAGCUGCUGAAGAUCACCAUGAAGGAGACGGUGCGGGCGCCCAAUCCCCUCGUCACCCGCAGCCAGGUGAUCUGCUUCGCUGUCCUGGGCUUGCUAACCUGCCUGGUGGUCCUGGGCACCACGGGCAUCAUCUUCUUCAACCGCUGCGAGACCUGGAUGGCCAACGCCAAGUACACCCAGCUGGUGCGUCAGCAGCGGGACUACCUGCUGAGUGCCAGCAACGGUGAGGAGCAUUCUGUCAACAUCAUCUUACCCGAAAAAAUCAAGCUGACCAAUUAUGGAAACCACUACACGUCAAUCUAAACUGCAAUGUCUGCUGCUUCGUGGCCAAUUGGCCAUGUUGUAAGGGGAACACAAAGGCCCACAGUUUGGAAAUAAUGAUACGCGGUGAUCUACAACGGUUUAAGUCCUAUUGUGGUUUAACUAUAGCCUCGUUAAUGCUUUGUGAUAAUGUGAUUAAAUCGUGUAGGAAUCUAUGCUGUACGCACAAAGACUGAACCCAAUAUUCCACAGGUUAUUGAACAAAAGCAAGGAUUUGUCCGAUUUUUAAAUUUAUUUAUUUAUUUAUUUUUCUAUGUUAGAUUUGAUCCUAUUGGUAGGUUGAGGUCACAUCAAAACAUAAUGAAUUUGAUUGCUGGUCUGGGUUAUAGGUCUGAGAAUCCAAUUACACAAGCAUCACUGAACUCGUCUCAAAGCAUACAGCAUAUUUCCUACUUUUUACGCUUUGUGAACUUUUGAAAGGGGACAGAUUGUUCAUUGUUUCCUUCGUAAUGCUUUAUUUUCCUCACUGAAUACACCAUAUUGUGCAGUACCAUCAAAACUGUACAAUAUGAAUGUAUUGAAAUUUUAAUGGAAUAUUUAUCCUAGGUGCAACAAGAAUCAGAUAUACUCUGAAAUAAUCUUAUUCCGUAUUCAGUAGACAGUCAUCUCCUGGUAUCCACAUGCAGGACUCAAAUGCAAUAUAAUCCUCAAAGGAAUCCUUGGCCAGCAGUGUCUUUAUAUUGGAGGCAUGCGCAGUGGCUAAACCCCAGGACUGUAUUCUACGUAUAACUGAAGGAAGAACAGGAAGAAUUAUAAGAUACGGUACAGUAGGUGACUACAGACACCAAUGUCUCUUUAUCCCACAGGCUUUGAAAAAUCAUUGCACAUUGUCUAAUGUCUAUUUUUUCAGCCUCAAGAGCCAGUAGUAUAAUUUUGCUAAGAAAGUAAAUAGUAUGGUUUUGCUUUCAUGUGAUGACAAUUAUUGAUUUCCACUUAUUGUCUGAUCUUACAACCAUUUCAUGCAUUUUCUGAGUGUACCUGAGUGUUUUCAUGAACUACUGUAUUGAAUUUUUUUCUGUGAAAGAAAUCAGUUGUUGCUAAUUUGUAUUAAGUGUAAUUACAUUUAUAGUAGUAAAAUUCAGUAUACAUUUAAGUGCAAAGUUUAAACAAAUUUAUUUACACAUACAAAUAGUGAACAAGAACUAUUUCCUUUGUGCUUUGAGUAGCCUGUGAAAUAUGAACCUUAGAGAUUAUAAAGAAUUACAAAGAGACGGAUACACAUAUUGUGCUGUACAUAUAUAUUGAAUAUUGAAGAUUUUUAAAAACUUACUCUACUGAUUUUAUUGCCGAAUGUAUGUCAUGUGUGUGUUAAUAUAAUGGAAUUAUGUAUGACUGAUUAAAACUCUUCAUGGUCACUGUAUUAAAGAACACCUCCUUGUGUAUUUGAAAAUAAGACUGAAUUUGAAAAAGUUAAAAAGUUUUUAAUACAUUUGGCUCAGAGCAGAACAUAUGCGAUGCAUCUCAGGCAGCUUUCCUCAGGGUACCGUACUCAGGUGAAGGAUUUCAAAUUUAAUUGUACAUGUGCAAAAUAAUCCAGAGAUAAAACAUUAUUUUGGUUUAAUGCCUCGUCCUAAAGAAUUGGCAUGAUCUUAGCAUACAAUGUUUUCUCUGCCCAUCCUAUGAGCUCCUCAGAUACAUGGAAACAGGAAAAACUUGAGUUUAGGUGCUAGAAGGUGAAAAUAUACAAAGAACACAUCAAAUGCAUCCUUUCUGGUUUUGUAGAGGAUCGAUUGUUUUUGCUGCAAAGGUACAUUCAAUUGAGAUUAAGGCCCACUCCCUCCCACUAUCUGCAGUACUGACCCUGUUAAAUUAUCUAUUAGGUUAUCAUUUAGGGUAUAUCAGCAUUGUGCCUGUCAAAUUAUGCAUAAAGAAAUGAUCUUCUAAUACUGGAUAUGUAUACAGGCCCUUGAAGUUGUGUUAAAUAUGGCUUCUUCAACAGCUGUAUAAUAGCUAGAUAGUAGCAAUGGGGAAAAAUAUAUCAGAGCAAGAUUUAAGUGAGAUGAACUGAAUGGCAGGUUGAUAGAUUACUGCAAAAACUGUAAGUUCACUUGCUUUAACUUUGUAUGUAGGUCAACUUUUGAAAACAUGAAGAGAUUUACCAUGCAUAAAAUGGUCUAUGGAUUAAGCUCGUUGUUGAUAAGUCAGAAGGUACCCACGCCCACACACAUCCUUUUUUGUGACCUUUUUGUGUUUGUGACCUUUCAUAUAAAGCUGUAUUACGUUUUCGAAAAGGAUCAUGGCCUUGCACAUGGUUUUAUUUAGGUCUGCAGCAUUGAUUUCUGCACCCACAGCGACCUAAAAUAUUAUGAAACCAUAUGAUGUAAAACUAUUUUCUUGAAAUAAAGGACACAACAGAAUC